CUUAACUAUAACAUUAGUUUACUGAACUAUUUAUUACUUUUAGUCUGGAAAAGCUACUAUUUUCAUCUCAACAGAACCUGAAGACUCAAAUCAAAAUGUAUUGUGGAGCUUAUCAGACACAAGGAACGAUUUUUCCCGCUCCGAAUUUUAACCCUAUUAUGGAUGCCCAGUUGCUAGGAGGAGCCCUACAGGGAAUUAGUUGUGAAAAAGAUGUGUUGAUUGAUAUCCUAACUCAGCGUUGCAACUCCCAGCGGCUUAUGAUUGCUGAGGCAUACAGGGACACGUAUGGCAGGGAUCUGAUAACAGACCUAAAAGAGAACCUCUCUCAUCACUUCAAAGAAGUUAUGGUUGGCUUGAUGUAUCCACCUGCCUCCUACGAUGCCCACGAGCUCUGGCAUGCCUUGAAGGGAGUAGACACAGAAGAAAAAUGCCUAAUUGACAUAUUAGCCUCAAGAUCAAACAUGGAGAUCUUCCAGAUGAAAGAAGCCUACCUAAUGCAAUAUAAUACUGAUCUUCAACAAGAUAUCAAUUCUGAGACUUCAGGGCACUUCAGAGAUACGCUCAUGAACCUUGCUCAGGGAACUAGGAUGGAAGGAUAUGCAGACCCUUCUACAGCUGCUCAAGAUGCAAUGAUUCUAUGGGAAGCAUGUCAGCAGAAAACAGGCGAACACAAAAACAUGCUGCAAAUGAUUCUCUGCAACAGAAGCCACCAGCAGUUGUGGAUGGUUUUCCAGGAGUUCCAAAAUAUAUCUGGGCAAGACAUAGUAGAUGCCAUUAACGAAUGUUACGAUGGAUACUUUCAAGAAUUACUGGUUGCAAUAGUCCUCUGCAUUCGUGACAAGCCUUCCUACUUUGCUUACAGGCUUUAUAACGCAAUUCAUGACUUUGGGUUUCACAAUAAAACAGUUAUUAGAAUUCUCAUUGCCAGGAGUGAGAUCGACUUGAUAAAUAUACGGCAGCGAUACAAAGAAAGAUAUGGGAAAUCACUCUUCCAUGACAUUAAACAUUUUGCAUCAGGGCAUUAUGAGAGUGCUUUACUUGCUAUCUGCGCUGGUGAUGCAGAAGAUUAUUAAGCAAGAAGACGAACUUUGAAGAGUGCAAAUCUAUUUUAAAUAGAAAUUGAAGCUAUACACAAUGCAGUAACCGUAAGAGAUCCCUACCUUACAUAAUAGAUCAGCAAAAUCAGUACUAUGCAUCUGCUAAUAUUAAAUCUUUCUUGAGGCAAGAAGAAGAUAUUGGCAGGAAGCUGGUUUUAUUCCUAGUUCUAAUUAAAAUUUCUGGGUUUACGAUUAAUGUAAAUUAAUGAAGUAAGUGGUAAAAUUACUCCAUGUAAGCAUAUGUUUAUCAUUUCGUGUCACAACACUCCAAACAUUUGUCAACAGGCUCUGGAAGAACCUACUCACUUCCACACUGGAGUAAGAAAAAAAUAUUUUGCUUUCUUUAAUUUUAUCAGUAGGAUUUCUUCCUUUAGGUAAAUUUUUUUCUGCUCUUUCCUAUUUCUUAUACCUCAUAUUUUAUGCUCUUGAACAUUACUGUUUUAGUUACUAUCAAAUUAAGCAUCUGCCCCAUCUGUUAUCAG